GGGAAGGAGCCACGCGAAAGAAAGCUGACGCCCACGCGCCCAGGAGCACCACCGGUGACGCGUGAUCAUAUUCGAGCACCAAUCCCCUCAUCCUCCCCAGCCCCCGGCGCUAAAAUCUACACAAAGCCUCGCUAAACCGGCCUGAUUCGCGCUCCCGAUCUCGCGUUCGAUCCCAGCCCACCGUGAGGUCCUCCAGCCUCCCGCCUCCCGCCAGAUCUCGGUGUCGUUCGUUCGGUUUCGAUUUGGUGGUGGAAGGGAAGGGAUGAGCGGGAUGAGCGCACGGAUAAAGGAGAUGGUGCGUGUGGCCACGGCGCGGCUGGGCGGUGAGCAGGCGGGGGGUGGCGGGGCUUCCUCCUCAGGCUUCGCGCGCCGGGAGUCCACGGCGCGGCUCGGCGGCGGGGGCACCAGCCUCCGGAGGCAGCCGCAGCCGAUGGCACCCUCCGUGCGCACCGUCUGUUGCAACGACCGCGAGGCCAACGCCCCUGUCGGGUACAAGGGAAAUUCUGUGUCGACUACGAAGUACAACAUCCUAACUUUCUUACCUAAAGGAUUAUUCGAGCAGUUCAGGCGGGUUGCAAAUCUUUACUUUCUCAUGAUCUCAAUCAUGUCAACUACACCUAUCAGUCCAGUUCAUCCUGUCACUAAUGUUGUUCCCCUAAGUCUUGUGCUUCUGGUGUCUCUCAUCAAGGAAGCUUUUGAGGAUUGGAAGCGUUUUCAGAAUGAUAUGUCAAUUAACAAUGCACAUGUCGAUGUAUUGCAAGGUCAAUGUUGGGAAAGUACUCCAUGGAAACGACUGCAGGUUGGAGAUAUUGUGAGGAUCAAGCAAGAUGGUUAUUUCCCUGCUGACUUGCUCUUCCUAUCAAGUACAAACCCUGAUGGUGUUUGCUACAUCGAGACAGCAAAUCUUGAUGGGGAAACAAAUCUGAAAAUAAGGAAGGCUUUGGAGAAGACUUGGGACUAUGUAAUUCCUGAAAAGGCUUCUGAGUUCAAAGGUGAAGUGCAGUGUGAACAACCAAACAAUUCCCUUUAUACGUUUACUGGCAAUCUUAUCAUGGACAAGCAGACUAUACCUCUCUCACCGAACCAGUUACUCCUAAGAGGAUGCAGCCUUCGUAAUACAGAAUACAUUGUUGGUGUAACCGAACAUACCCUUAGCUGUUAAAGCAUCAUGUAGGGAUACUUGGUAGAUAAACCAAGGUGGUAUUGAAAAUGCAGUUAGG